CCGGUCCGCGCCAGCCCUGGACGCCUGGCUCCUUAAGCCUGCUCCGAUCGGCUCUCUGUUUGCUUCCGACGCCGCCAGGCAUGGCCCCCAGCACCGUGGCGGUGGAGCUGCUCAGCCCCAAGGAGAAAAAUCGACUGCGGAAGCCGGUAGUGGAGAAGAUGCGGCGGGAUCGCAUCAACAGCAGCAUCGAGCAGCUGAAGCUGCUGCUGGAGCAGGAGUUCGCGCGGCACCAGCCCAACUCCAAGCUGGAGAAGGCCGACAUCCUGGAGAUGGCCGUCAGCUACCUGAAGCACAGCAAAGCCUUCGCAGCGGCCGCCGGCCCCAAGAGCCUACACCAGGACUACAGCGAGGGCUACUCGUGGUGCCUGCAGGAGGCAGUGCAGUUCCUGACGCUGCACGCCGCCAGCGACACGCAGAUGAAACUGCUCUACCACUUCCAGCGCCCCCCAGCGCCCGCCGCGCCUGCUAAGGAGCCCCUGGCGCCCGGCGUCGCCCCGCAGCCCGCGCGCUCCUCCGCCAAGGCCACCGCUGCCGCCGCCGCCGCCGCCGCUCGCCAGCCCGCCUGCGGCCUCUGGAGGCCCUGGUGACCCCGCGGGCCGACGGGCGCCUAGCGCGGACCAGAGGGCGAGAUCGUCCUCUCGCAUGUAGGGAAGGAAACCUUCCCAACCUUAGUCCGGCCCCAGGUUGGACGCACCCUUCUCCGGAAGGCUCCCUCCCCAGGCUGGCGGGCCAGCAGGAAGGUCAUUCUCAAGAGAAUGUGUGUGUGCAGAGUCGUCAUUUUAGGACAAUCAGGGCCCACCUUCUGCCGAGUGUCUGACCCCCUGGGGUUGUUUUGUGUUUGCGUUUCAGCAAGUGACUUCUGCGAAGUCCCUGGCCACCGGGGUUCUAUGAUAUUUGUAGAGUCAGGGGCUCGCUGGAGCCCCAGCCUGUAGAGGACUUCUUCAGGGCCCGUCUUUAUUGGGCAAGCACCCCGCAGGCGGGCUGUGCCUUGGGCACAUUUGCCUUUUGUGAAGGCGGAACUUUAGGUGUAUCCUCAUAGGAAAGUGCUCGGCCUGCAUGGACAUGAGGACCAUGGGCUUCUGGCCUUAAGGUCCACAUGGGUUUGGUUAUCUGGUGGAUGCUCAUAGUGGGCUGUUUGGGGAGGGUGGGGUCUCCAUUACGAUCCUUAAAGGAUUCCUCUGUGUGGGUGGGUGCAUGUGGGCAAGAUUUUGUACUUAGGAUUUGAACUCUUGGUCACGUGGAAGACCACGGCUUGCUCUGAAGGUUUCUAAUAAAAUCUAUCAAAUUCU